AUGGCUGGAACCCCCAUGUCAGAAGACAUAUCCUCUACCACAGCAGAUACAAGUAGAGAUGAGAACAACGAAAUAUAUCAGCCUGAAGAUAAUCCCCACUGGUCAACAAGCCUGUUAGAAACCAAAGAGGUCAGUACCCUGUACACUGCAGAAACUGACUCGACAACAAUCUCAACCUCCCCUGGGAACAUUUCAAGUAUUGAUGAAGAAAGAUCAGCAGCAGAGGCCACAGACAUCGCUGACGAUACUGAACCUGUAUAUCACAACCCUGAAGACAAUACCGACAGUAACCCUGGGCCACCUAUAGAUGGUAGUGAUCUAGAUGACACAGACAGAGCACCUAGUAGUAAUAUCCAGCACCCAGACACCACAGGGAGUUUAGAUGACACUAUUAACUCCGGCACUGGGGAUGUUGACAUGUCUGACGAUAUCGACAUCAAAGCAUACGAUGUCCCUUACGAAACAAGCAACGAGCCUGAUACCCAAAAUCCCAACAAAAGAGUGAUGACAAAUCCGAUGUAUGAAGAACUGCCUGAUGACAAAAACUUACAGAAGCUUCAAUCCCAACCAAGCAUGAAGGCACUGCAGCAAAACACGAUAUACGGAGGACUAUAUUUGGCUUGCAUUCCUCUCAGCCAGUUGGCAAGAGGUGACUCUCCAAUCUAUCGUUACUGCUACCUGAUCGCUUUUGCAAUUUUCCUGGUCAUGGUUGGACUGAUAACAGCAGGAAUCAUGGUGGAGCUGAACCACAACACUCAGGAUCAUGGAUUGGGAACUCAGCAGACUGACACAGGAACAGUCAUCACAUUUGGCGGGUAUGGAAAAAUCUGGAAAAAAGGACUUUUAGUCUGGAAAAAACAGAGAAAACCCUUGAACGGCAAGUUCUACUAUGUGAGUGGACUGGCUGUGUCCUCGACUAACGAAAUAUUUGCGUCUGACCCAUGGAACAGACGAAUCCAAGUCUUCAGCAUGAAGGGCGAUUUCCUCCACAGUAUUACUACAGGAAAAAGGAAACCCUAUUUCAUUGCCAUGGACCGGAAUGAUACACUGUGGGUCAUUCUGACGUCGGAGAGAAUGACCAAAAAUAAUUUUGUUAAGCCUGAAGACAACAAAAAUCGUAUCUAUCGCUACAGCAGGGAGGGUCAUUUUCUUGAAAAGUUCCCGUGUACAUCACCAUUGAACUUGAAGUACCCAGACAAAUUUGCCUUGGACACACUUUCUGAUGACAUCAUAAUGAUCUCAAAAGCUAACAGACGAGUAAAGAGACGUAAAGUGAAGACUGGGUCAGCUUGUAGGUUUAAUAAAGACUCAUGCACAAUACAACCUUUCGGUGGGAAAGAACUAAAGAAACCAUCAAAUGUUGCAGUAGACAAGGAAGGGAACAUCUACAUCACUGAGGAGAAAAACCAUAAAGUUCUAAAGUAUGACAAGAAUGGAAAAUACAUCAGCUGCUUUGGCCGCAAAGGAAAGGGAGCUAGCAACCACCUGAAGUCUCCUGUGGGCAUCUGUGUGGACAGUUUGGGUCGCAUCAUUGUGGCUGAUUGGGGAAACAAUCGGGUGGAGAUGUUCACAGCUGAAGGAGAAUAUAUUCGCUCCAUCGCUAAUGUCAGGCAGCCCUUGCGUGUUGCUAUAGGAAGGGAGGGCCAGCUUAUUGUGAGUUGCAGGGACCACUACAUCACUAUCUUUCCAAAAUCUUCGUUGUUGUCAUAUUCACCACAUAUCAGAUACUGCUGAGGCAGGCCAUCAUUGC